AUGCCGUCGAUAAGACCAAACGCGGAAGGAGGAGGGGAGAAGAGGACCACCUUCCGACCACCAUGGGUCAAAGAUGGGCCCUGCCCACUCCCCAUGCCCCCAAACAACCCCUGGCUUCAACAGGCCAAGCAGAGCAACGAAAACAAAAGUGCGCCAAACUCGCAACCUCCAGUCCUUAAACCUGCUAAAGAAAGGGAGAUAAAAAUCCAGAGAGAACCGACAGUGGAGGCGAACAGUGACAAAGGACCAUCGACAAGGAAAGGACCACACGUGAACAAAGAACCACCUGUGAGCAAAACUCCUUCAACGAACAGAGAUCAACCACCGCAGAAAAAUGUUCAAAUAAAGCCGAGCGGUGAGAAAUCGAUUGCAAAUGAGAGGGGAGUGAAAGGGGAAAAAGUUAUCAAUAUCGUCCAUGAAAAAACGGAACCUACCAAACCGAAAGAUGCAAGAGAGGUGAGGGUGAAGAUUGUAGAACCCCCAUCGAAAUCUGAGGAAAAAAUACCACAAGCUCCAAUGCCACCGCCUAUGAUGCCACCACCACCACCUCCUCCUCCUUCUCAAGGUCAGAAGCCGCCUAGACCUAUUUCAAAGGAGAAAGAGGUGAAGUUAGAGGCGUUGAGAAGUAGGCCGAGGAGACGACCGGAUUGGACGGACAUGAUGAAAGAGGUUGAAAAAGGGAUAAAACUGAAUCACGUUAAAUGCAACGAUAGGAGUGCGCCUGUCCUACCCAAAACCAAAACCAAAGGACAGUUCGUAUACGAUUCUGAAAAACCUAAUUCCCACAACCUUCUCUUGAAAGAGAUACAGUCUGGUGUACAACUCAAGAAGGUGAAAACAAAUGAUAGAAGUAAACCAAUAUUGGAAGGUCUCCGAAAAUUCAGAAGGCAGAUGACGAUCGAAGAACUGAUUACAAAGUCGGCUUCAGUAGCAGAUGUAGUGGCUGUUGCAUCGGAACCGGAUGAACUCGAUGACAUCGAUAAAGUUCGGGAUGACCUUCAAUCAACAAAACAAAUGCUAGCACUUGAGUUGCGGAACAAGGAAGCACUUGAAAGAGAAAACAAACGCAUACUGGCCCGACUAGCUAAUUUGGAAGCAGAAUUGGAAAAAGAAAAGCUAGAAAAGAAAAUAAUGCUAGAAAAAGGAGAUGUAGCUAAAACAAGGACUGCAGAAGAUGAUAAACUCAUAAACAAACUAAAAGAAGAAGCUUCUGAAGCAACAAAAAUGACUAAAGAAAUGGAGGAGAAAUAUCACAAGACAGCAGAAGAACUGGACUUAACAAGAGCUAAGCUGGAAAGCGCAUGGCUCAAAAAUUCACAGCUUGAAAUAGAACUCAAGUCUAAAGGAAACUUUACUGGAUCUAUCACAAGGCAGCCUUCAACGAAAAAAAUGUCACUGACUAACAGUACCAGCAAUAAGAAAAUCAUGCCUAGCAAUGAACGAAUUGAAUCAGAUACAGCAUCAGAAACUGAAACCGAGGAGGAUGAACCAGAAGAAUCAAAUGAAAUGAAGGCAGUGACACAAGAAGAACGAGAGUUGAGGCUACUAACACAAAAACUGAAGUCACUAAAAGAGAAGAGAAUCGUUACAAACAACGAAAAGAGAACGUUAAAAUCUCAGUUAUCGAGACUUCAUCAUGUUUUAAAAGAAGAAAAAAGAAAAUAUAAACUAUUACAAAAUGAAGUUGAAAAAAUGGCUAACAUCAUGAAGGAAGUAGACGAUGAAAGCAAUGAAGAAGAAGAGGAAGAAGUGGAGGAAGAAGAAGAUGAAGACGCAGAGGAAACAGAGACAGAAAGUGAAGAGCAAUCUGACCAAGAAGACAGUGAAGACGAUUUAUCUGAAUCGGCAAGUGCACAAGACAAAAUAAAGAAUUUGAAUAGACGAAUUAAAACAUAUGAAACAUUGGUGACAAGAGCAAAAAAGGGCAACUAUUUACUUAAAGCAAACAUAGACAGAAGACAAGAUGAUGUAAAUAGGCAGAAAGAGAUGUCUUUAGCUUUGCAAGAAGAUUUGAAUGCAGUCCUUUCCGAGCUAGGUUGA